CAGCUGGAAGCAGGAGUUGGGUACCUACUGACCCCAGCAAAAGAAGCCGGACCCCAGCUGUGCCAUAAGCAAGGCAGCGGAGAUGAGCUUGCUCCAUGGACUGCCCUAGAGCUCACAUCUGACAGAUCAAGAUUUUCUCCCCAGCUAGACCCCAGGCUGUUGCCAAGGGAGCCUAUCUGGGGAGGACACAAUGUCCUCCUUCCCGCUCUGCACUCUGCUGGUGCUGCUCCUGCCGGGAUUGCUGCCUGCCACUCUCACCUGCCCGCCACAGUGUGUCUGCGAGACUCGCCCGUGGUUCACGCCACAGUCAGUCUACCACGAGGCCCGUACAGUGGACUGCAAUGACCUGCUGUUGACCCAAGUGCCAGGGAAUCUCUCUUCAGACACCCAGGUUCUCCUGCUGCAGAGCAAUAAGAUAUCCAGGGUCAGCGGGGAGCUGCAGCACUUGCUCAACCUGACCGAGCUUGACCUCUCGCAGAACCACUUCUCCAGAAUCAGCGAUACUGGGUUAGCUAACCUCUCGCGCCUCAUUACGCUUUACUUGGAGGAGAACCAGGUGGAGGAGCUACCUGACCACUGUUUGCAUGACCUCACAUCACUUGAGGAACUUUACAUAAACCACAACCGCAUCUCUUCCAUCGAGUCGUUGGCCUUUGCCGGUUUGAGCAGCCUACUUCGGCUGCAUCUCAAUGCCAAUCAUCUCCGUGCCAUUAACCACCACUGGUUCCUCUCUCUCCCCAAUUUGGAGAUCCUGAUGAUUGGAGAGAACCCCAUCUCGCAGCUAGAAGGGGGCAGCUUCCAGCCACUGGGACGGCUUCACAGCCUCGUCUUGGCUGGGAUGGAGCUAAGUGAAGUACCCGCUGAUGCUUUCCGAGGGCUGGACUACCUGGAAAGUUUGUCCUUCUAUGACAACCAUCUUCCACGUGUUCCCACCAAGGCACUGAAGGGCCUUCCUCUCCUGAAGUUCCUGGAUCUCAACAAGAACCCCAUCACAGAAGUUCGGACAGGGGACUUCAAGGACAUGCUGCACUUGGAGGAGCUGAGCCUCAACAGCAUGGAGGAUCUGACCAGCAUCCACAAAGGCGCUUUUGAGAAUCUCCCAGAGUUGGCAAAGCUCGAGCUGUGCAACAACCCGCGUCUCUCCUACUUGCAUCCUGGAGCCUUCCAGGAGGUGCCAGCUCUUCGCACCCUUCUGGCCAGCAAUACGGCCCUCAGUCUCUUCCCUCUAGGCCUGACAGGGGCCUUGCCAGCUUUGGCAGAGCUCAGUCUCUACGGAAACCCACUACGCUGUGAUUGCCCAGAAGCCUGGCAGCCGUUGGCCAUGGGACAUGUCCGGUUGAUUGAGUCCCAAACCACGCUCUGCACUCUGCCCUCGGAAGCCGCUGGGCGACAGCUCCAAGAAGAGCUGAAAGGUGUCAUGGGAGGAUCAUGCUUGCCAGAAAUCUCCUCCAAGGAUCUCUCCGAGAGGCUGGAGGUAUCAGCCGGCUCAACAGCAGCUCUGGAUUGCCCAGCCAGCUCGGAGCCACCACCGCAGUUCCACUGGAUAACGCCAUCAGGGGUGAAAGUGACCAUAGGGUCAGGGAGGCUCCAUCUGAGGGUAGGGGGCACUCUAGAGAUCAGUGCCACCAGCCCGGCAGACUCAGGAGUCUACACUUGCGUGGCGUGGAAUGGGCUGGGCUCUACCAGCCGCAGUGUGGUCCUUGCUGUGAUAGAAGACAGACCCAUUGCCCCCAUCCAGCUGCUUGUCCUUGCUAAGAAGGUUCAGUCACAUUUUGUGGUGGUGGAGUGGACGACAUCCUUUGUGGAGGGGAGGAAGAGUGAGUCCUCCACAGCCCACCCACCUCCUCCACUGCUGCCAUGGUCGUCAGCUACCAUGCGAAUCCAUAAUCCCCACCUGAGCUACACAGCACGAGUCCCUGUGGGCAUCAAGGAGUUCAACCUCACACACCUGCAGCCAGCCACCCGCUAUGAGAUUUGCCUGACUGUUGUGUCCUCUGCUCCCAGGUCCUCAGCUGCUGUCCCUCCGUCCUUGGUGACCCCCACCAGCUCUUGGGAAGCUGCCUUAGCAACCCCACAUGCUUCUGCAAUUUCUCUGGGUUCCUGGGCAACCCAAGAAGGGUCUUCCGCCUCUUCUGUGGCUCAUCUGACAACCACGGUUUCUUUGGCAGUUCCCAGGGGCUCCUUGGCACCCCCAACAAGCCCCUUGGCAACCUCUGCCAUGACUCCGCCUCUUCUGCAGCUGCCCCACACCCAGCGCUCCUGCCUCAAUGUCACCACCAAGGAGGCCUCGCUCGCAGUGGAGCUGAUGGGAGGUUGGGCUGGAGGGGCAGCCUUGGCUGCCGUCACCGGCUCCUUGCUGGCGGCCCUGAGCGCAGUGCUGCUGCUUCUGUGCGCCUCACGGCGACUCAAGGAGAAAGGCUGCCGCCAUUCGCUCAAAAAGUACAUGCAGCAUGCGGCAGCCAUCCCCCUCAACGAGGUCUACCCACCCCUCAUCAGCUUGUGGGAUGCUGAGGGGGACCCACCCCUGCCCAUAGCACCGCUGGCGCAACUGGCUCCGCCCAUGUCAACCCCACCCCCUCCUCCAGCCCCAGGAGGGGGACACCCUCUCCUGCUGCCCCCUCCACCAGGCCAGAUUGACACAUCCAAGACCUACCUGUGGCAACAGCCAUGAAGGAAACAGGCGGCAGGUGGGCACACACACCUCUGCCUCCUGCUCCUGGUAGGAGGACUCCCUUCCCCAUGGAUUUUAGGGUAUGGGGCUUCCCAAUCCAUGCCCUUCCCCCCACUUUUCUUCCUUGCACACCCACUUUUGCAUACACCGCCUCUAGAGAGCACCAGGAAGCUGGAUGUUUAUUCUUUAGUCAAGGUCUCACUGUGUAGUCGUAGCCAAAUAAGGAGGGGAGCAUAAGAGGUGGAUAACAGAGCCCCUGGGACAGUGUAGCCCCUGGGGGGCAAGGGGUGGGGAAGAGAUGAGUUUUUGAAUAAAGCUGUGGCAUUAGAGAACACAGAGAGUGUUUGGGUGUGUUGAUUGGGGAGGAAGCCAACAAAGAACAUCCCCAUGCAAGCUAUGAAAUGCAUCCAUCUUACCCAAGGUAAAAAAUAAGUUGCUUUUAGAAACUAAGGUUGAGAUGCUUCCCUCUUGUGGGCAUUUGGGGAUUAACAGGCCAGUUUCUCCUUCUGGACUGGACUGCAGCUUCAGUUUCAGAAGGAAGGGAAGAGGAGAGAGAGGCCAGUCCAGAUUAAGGCAUCCAUGACCUUUAGAGACCCUAAGCACGGGGCGGGGGAUAUUGUGCCCCCCAAAUUCAUGAUGCAAAAUAAAAACAAUACUAAGCCACAAAAGGGACGCGGGUGGCGCUGUGGGUUAAACCACAGAGCCUAGGGCUUGCCGAUCAGAAGGUCGGUGGUUCGAAUCCCUGUGACGGGGUGAGCUCCCAUUACUCAGUCCCUGCUCCUGCCAACCUAGCAGUUUGAAAGCACCUCAAAGUGCAAGUAGAUAAAUAGGUACCGCUCCAGCAGGAAGGUAAACGGCGUUUCCGUGCGCUGCUCUGGUUAGUCAUGCUGGCCACAUGACCUGGAAGCUGUACGCCGGCUCCCUCGGCCAAUAGAGCAUGAUGAGCGCCGCAACCCCAGAGUCGGUCACAACUGGACCUAAUGGUCAGGGGUUCCUUUACCUUUAAGCCCCUAAAAAAAUUAUUUUUUUUUCAAAAUGACACAAAACUUACACAUACGAUUUCUGUUCUCAUCCUGAAGCCAAGUUCUUAACCUGAGGUACUAUUUCUGGGUUAGCGGAGUUUGUAACCUGAAGUGUUUGUAACCUCUAAAGCAUUUGUAACCCGAGGUACCACUGUAUGCUGAAAUGCACAAGCAUAUAGGUCCUGUGCAACUUCACAUCAUUUUGAUCUACUUCAGUAGGACACCCCCUGGUUUAGGUGGGUGCUAGGAAGAGAACAGGAAAAUGAGGGAAGGGUGCCUAGGAGAGUGUAAGGAAGCCUAACAAAGUUCUGAGUUUUCACAUGAUUUCUUAAAAAUAUCAAAUGUCAUUUUAUUUUAAAAAAUCUCAUUUUUGUGUGUGCGGAGGGGGAGUUUCGUGCCCCUGCUUUUCUGAUGCCCUAAACACAUGCUUAGUCUACCUGUUGUAUAAUCCAACAUUGUGUUAACAGCAAUCCCAUGCUCUGGCCUGUAUGCCCUCUGUUCUGAUCUCAGGCAUACAAGGAUUGGUGGUGCUUACCUGAGUGGCAAAGAAAAGGCAAUUUGUAUAUGCUCAAAGGGCAUUACUUCUCAUGUCCCAGGACUAUGAGCCAUGGCAUUAAAAACUGGUUUUGCGGUUUGAGCCCUGAAUCUCGUGAGCUUUCUCCAUGUUGUUUUCCACUUGCUGGCUUCUGGCUAGCCUGAGUCAAACCCCAGAGAUUCUCUUUGUCGGAAGGUGAUGAGUCAGCCAGACCUGACCAUCUUUUACCAUUGAGAGUUGGCUGAGCUUCCUCAGAAGACAGCUGACAGGUGCUGAGUGCUGAUCCCGUGGCCCCAUCGUCAUCCUUUCCCCAAUCAUUUCAAGUCCUUUGAAAUUCCUUAACUAAUUGAAGAUGAUUCUCACACCAAAUGCAGGCUACAGAAAAGGUUGGCACAAGAAUCAUAGAAUCAUAGAAUGGUAGAGUUGGAAGGGGCCAUGAGACUCGUCCAGUCCAACCCCCUGCAAUGCAGGAAUCUUUUGCUCAACGUGGGGCUCAAACACACGACCCCAAGAUUAAAAGUCUCAUGCUCUACUGACAAAACGUUAUGGCGGAAGCAGCAGAAACAGGAACCCAAGGGUUCACAUUAUGCAUAAU